UACAUGAGGAAACAAAUCGUAGUGCUUCACUAGCAGCAAUAAGACUUGCCAUGGGCCUUAAAGUUUUCUUUAAGAUUUGCAGUCCAGGUGGGCUAGAACUUCGACGCCCACUAUAUCCUCGAAGCCCAAAAGAAAAAUAGAAGGCCCAGAAAUUAAAUGUCUCGUUCAGUUAAAUCCCAUAACGGGACCGUCACGGUCCGUCACGGUAUGAUCCACCAUAAGUCACGCAUUUCAUCUCCCGUUAAUAUAUCCGUCUCCUUCUUCCGACAACGUCCCAUCCUCCUCCUCUAACGCCGUCGUCUUUCCCCCAACUGCAAUCCCUUAACAGUAACGCCCCUUCCCGUCCAUGGCCUCCUGUGACGACGAUUUCUCUCUCCUCGGGGAAGACCAAACAAGCCCUAACAACCACCAUCACUCACAUCUCCUCCCUCCAUCGUACGCGCCUCCCCAUCGAUUUGCCCCCAAAUCGACUCCGAUUCAUGCGCCGCCACCUCAACCUCCUUAUUCAUCAGCUCAUAGCCCCAAGAACAUCGGAGCCGGCGACGAAGAGGAAGAUGAUGACGAAGACGGGGCCGAUCCGGCAUUCCAUGACGUGAAUCCUUUCGUUCCGGAUGGUAAUACAUUCAAUAACAACAACGAAUCGAAUAGAGUUGUUGAUGUAAGAAAUGAUAAUCGAAGAGACAGAGAUGAACGCAGCGAUGGAGCUGGCGCCACCACAGGUGCCAUCUAUACUCCAUACAAGAAGCCGAGGCUGUCUCCCAGUCCCUGCGCGGCGGGCAGCGCGGAGUAUCGGAAGGAUCGGGAGGAGUGGAGCGACGAGGCGAUUGCUUGCUUGCUGGAUGCGUACAGUGACAAGUUUACGCAGCUGAACAGGGGAAAUUUGAGAGGUAGGGACUGGGAGGAGGUGGCAGCGACGGUGAGCGAGCAGUGCGAGAAUCAGAGCAAGAGUGUGGAGCAGUGCAAGAAUAAGGUCGAUAAUCUCAAAAAGCGGUACAAGCUGGAACGCCACAGAAUGCAAAAUAGCGGCAUUUCGGUGAGCCACUGGCCUUGGUUCAAGAAGAUGGAGGAGAUCGUCGGGAAUUCCCUUCCCACGAAGACGGCUGCCGAUGAUGACAAGAGUGUCGGUUCUUCUUCUGUGAGUGCAGCAAGGCAAUCGAAGAGGUAUGCAACGGCAACGUCAAGUCCAGUGGGUCAGAUAAGUAACUUGAAGUCCAAGCCAACAUCAAAUGUUAGAUGGAGGAGAGUUGUCUUUAAAAUCAGUGGUGUUGCUCUUGCUGGUUCAGGUCGAAACAGCAUCGAUCCAAAGGUGGCAAUGCUGAUUGCUAGAGAAGUUUCAGUUGUUUGCCGGCUUGGUGUACAGGUUGCGAUCGUUGUUGGAGGUCGUAAUUUCUUCUGUGGAGACUCUUGGGUGACUGCAACAGGUUUAGAAAGAAGCACCGCAUACCAAAUUGGGAUGAUGGCAAGUGUGAUGAAUUCUGUAUUGCUACAGUCGGCAAUAGAAAAGACUGGUAUUCAGGCACGUGUGCAAACUGCUUUUGCAAUCCAGGAGGUGGCGGAGCUAUACAGUAGGCAGCGUGCAAUUAGGCAUCUCGAAAAAGGCAGAGUAGUAAUAUUCGGUGGUGUUGGCGCUGGCACUGGAAAUCCACUCUUUUCCACGGACACUGCCGCUGCUCUUCGAGCUUCAGAGAUUCACGCUGAGGCAGUCCUCAAGGGUACAAAUGUUGAUGGUGUCUAUGACUGCCACUCUCGGGACAACAAUGUUACCUUUGAGCACAUAUCUUUCAGGGACUUAGUGUCUAGAGGUGCUACAACUAUGGACAUGAUGGCACUGACCUUCUGUGAAGAGAAUGGAAUACCUGUUGUGGUGUUUAACCUUCUUCAGCCUGGGAACAUCUCAAAAGCUUUAUGUGGAGAACAAGUUGGUACACUGAUUGAUCAAAAUGGGAGGAUUAGCUGAGUUACAGAGUACGUGUUUAUGUGCAUUAACAGGUGUUGUAAUUUAAGAUGUCAUUUGUAUUAACUUGUGUACACUCACCAUGAAUGAUUAAUUAUAGUCGCUCAAGCUUACGCUGUUUGCUGACACUGAUGACAUUCGUAUGGGUUCAUUGAUGUAUAUGAGAAGGCAAGAGUCCCACCCUAACAUUUCCUUUUCCUUUCCAAUUCUGGUAACUGAUCGUAGAAGUAUGUAUGGA